AUGUGUCUGCUUCAAGCUGCAUGCAUUCCUAAUCCACCUUCUGCUCUACACUCGUCCAGAGGUGAUCUGCACAGUCCGGUCGUACCCGACGGACACGACGCUCCAGUCGUCCUCGCCCACGACCUUGAGAUCCCUCACGACGUCGGAGGCACGCUCGUCGCGGCCGUGGAUCUUGAGCCGCGUACCGGCCCUCCCGUCAAGCGAGGAGAGGACGAGCUCACCCCCAGGCGUGGACGUGACGACGCCGGUCCCGUCGCCCGUCCAAGCGACGCGGGGGAGAACGUACGCGUCGCUCUCAGACCCAGUGAACACGUUGGCAAGACGUUGUGUCUGAUGUCAGCUACCACCGUUCUCGCUCAGCUCGCUCAGCUAGGCCUAGGAUCCGACUAG